CUUUUUUCAAUCCAGAUUAAGAUGCCAACAUAUUAAAAACUUACGGUUCAGUUCAUAUGCUUGAUCAGCACAGCUCUCUACACAUUUCUUUAAUCACUAAGUUUGGGUUAUCCGAAAUUAAAAUCAAAGUUCAAAACUCAAAAUUUUCAGAAAAAAGUCUUCAAAUUCUUCAGGCCAAGAAAAGGAGAAGGUGGUUAAUCCAACUCUCAUAGGAUAAAAAAAUGGAAUCAGAACCCGUAAAUGUAAAAGAGUUCCAAGAAUUGGCUAAGCAAGUUCUCCCAAAAAUGUACUAUGAUUACUAUGCAGGAGGAGCUGAGGACCAGUACACACUGAAGCAGAAUGUAGAAGCAUUUCAAAGAAUCACGAUACGACCUAGAAUUCUUGUAGAUGUUAGUAGAAUAGAUAUGUCAACUACUGUUUUGGGCCACGAAAUCUCAGCCCCUAUAAUGGUUGCUCCAACGGCAAUGCAUCAGUUAGCGCACUCUGAAGGAGAGGUUGCCACAGCCAGAGGAGCCGCAGCAUGCAACACCAUAAUGAUUCUAUCUUACAAUUCUACCUGCACUGUGGAGGAGGUUGCUUCCAGCUGCAAUGCUGUUCGCUUCUUUCAAUUAUAUGUUUUUAAGAGAAGAGAUAUAUCAGCUCAGCUAGUUCAGAGAGCUGAAAAAAGUGGAUUCAAAGCUGUUGUUCUUACAGUUGAUGCUCCUAGGCUUGGUCGAAGGGAGGCAGACAUAAAGAAUAAAAUGGUUGCACCUCAGUUGAAGAAUUUUGAAGGUCUUUUAUCGACUGCAGUAAACUCUAAUGAUGGUUCAGGUCUAGAAGCUUAUGCAAAUGAGACAUUUGAUUCUUCUCUCUGUUGGGAGGUCAUAGGAUGGUUAAGAUCUAUUACAAGCUUGCCAAUUUUGGUCAAAGGGGUACUCACUCAUGAAGAUGCAAGAAUGGCUGUGGAAGCAGGUGUUGAUGGGAUUGUUGUCUCUAAUCAUGGAGCUCGACAGCUAGAUUACAGUCCUGCCACUAUAUCUGUCCUUGAAGAGGUAGUUCAUGCUGUUGGAGGAAAAGUUCCUGUUCUUUUUGAUGGAGGAAUUCGGCGAGGAACAGAUGUCUUCAAAGCAUUAGCGCUUGGUGCACAAGCUGUUGGAAGGCCGGUUGUAUAUGGUCUUGCAGCAAAGGGGGAAUAUGGGGUGAGACGUGUACUUGAAAUGCUGAAAGACGAGCUCGAGCUCACCAUGGCUCUUUCUGGCUGUCCUAGACUUCAAGAUAUCACAAGGAGGCAUGUGAGGACAGAGCAAGAGAGACUCCACUCAAUGCUUUAAAUUUUUUUUUUUUUUUUUUUUUUUUUUGGGUCCCCUAGGAGAAUUGCAAAUUUAUAAGGGCAAAGAAGUUAAAGACCAUAUGCAAGACUGAAACUAGCUUGAAUUUGUUUACAACUGAACCUGCAAAAGAUAUUGGCUUCAGUACAUUUUCCAGUAAAAUAAUUGCGAAUUUAUUAUUAGUCA